AACUGUUUCUCUUGUUAGAGGGUUCAAUCGGUUGUUAAAUAACUGGCAUUUCCUCCCAUAUCGUUCCGUGCUGGGUUUAUAGCCUUGGUGAUCUUCGCGUGUGAGAAACUCUUGACCUGUGUGCUCUGCUGUCCUUGUAUUUUCGACUGCUGUUCCAAUUCUGACCUGAAUCGAUAACUCUCCCAUCUCAUCAUCAUCAUUAUCAUCAUCCACAAAUGGCUAGAAACUCCAUCAAACUUCUGACGUCGGACGUUCACUGUGGCCUGGCAGAGCUCGUUGCUAAGAGAUUAGGUCUCAAGCUCACGGAGCUCAACAUCAAGAGAGACUCAUGUGGAGAGGUUUCCUUCGCCAUCAACGAGUCGGUGCGUGAUGAGGACAUCUACAUCAUCAUGCAAGUUGGUUCUGGUGUUGUGAACGACAGAGUCAUUGAAUUGCUGAUAAUGAUCAAUGCCUGUAAGACUGCCUCGGCCCGUCGUAUCACCGCUGUGAUUCCAAACUUCCCAUACGCAAGACAGGACCGUAAGGACAAGUCUCGUGCGCCAAUCACCGCUAAGUUGAUGGCUGACAUGCUCACCACCGCUGGAUGUGACCAUGUCAUCACCAUGGACCUCCAUGCUUCACAGAUCCAAGGGUUCUUCGACGUGCCAGUUGACAACUUGUAUGCGGAGCCAAGUGUUGUGAGAUACAUCAAGGAGAACGUUGAUUUCAGCAAUGCCAUCAUCGUUUCACCAGACGCUGGUGGUGCAAAGAGAGCUGCUGGAUUGGCAGACCGUUUGGACUUGAACUUUGCCCUUAUCCACAAGGAGAGAGCAAGAGCCAACGAGGUGUCGAGAAUGGUUCUUGUUGGUGAUGUCACUGAUAAGAUCUGUCUGAUUGUCGAUGACAUGGCUGACACCUGUGGUACUCUGGCCAAGGCUGCGGAGAUCUUACUGGAGAACAAUGCCAAAUCCGUCGUUGCCAUCGUUACACAUGGUAUCCUUAGUGGUAAUGCUAUUAAGAACAUCAACAACUCCAAACUCGAUAGAGUUGUCUGCACGAAUACCGUGCCGUUUGAGGAGAAACUGGAGCUUUGUCCAAAGUUGGACACAAUUGAUAUCUCUGGUGUAUUAGCUGAAGGUAUUCGUCGUUUGCAUAACGGUGAAAGUGUCUCCUAUCUGUUCCGUAACGCUCCUCUAUAGCGUUCUUUCCCUCACCAGCACAACACUUACAUACAUAAUCUGACAUUUACUUAUUUUGAUUAUCCACCUACGGGGUUUACUCAUUUAGGACAUGAUGUUUCUCUUUAUAAGUUGCAUCUAUACUAGAAACCAUACUCACUAGGCUUGAACUCGGUCAGAGAGGAGAGAAUGAUACCUUGUUCACUGGUCAAAUGUGAGUGCUCUUCACCGUCAAGAACCUUCAGUGCUCUAUCAUCUGGCACCCAGAUGAUGUGUGCACCGGCAGCUUUACCAGCGGUGAUUCCUGGAACAGCAUCCUCGAACACGAGAC